GCAGAUCACACCCAGGAAACACUGUUCAGCCUCCUCUGUUACCACCAGCUCUGCCCAUUGUAUACCGGGUUCACUAGCAGCGCAGCACGGUGCCGAGCAUGACCCUGGGGUAGCAGCCUCUGGACACUACUGUUACAAUGGAGAACUACAAGGUGCUGAGCGUCAUCGGAGAGGGGUCAUUUGGCAGAGCUCUUCUGGUGAGCCACCUAGGCACCGCCGAUAAGUAUGUCAUGAAAGAAAUAAGACUUCCACAGGUGCUGUACAAGACGGGCUGGACGCCAGGAGCGCCGGUGUUACAGUCUUCAGCUGCACAGAAAGAGUCCAGACAGGAAGCCGUUCUGCUGAAGAAGAUGAAACAUCCAAAUAUAGUGAAAUUUCGUGAGGCGUUUGAAGCGGAUGACCACCUGUACAUUGUGAUGGAAUAUUGCGACCGCGGUGAUCUGCUAGACACCAUUAAACUUCAAAGAGGAAAACUGUUUUCAGAACACACAAUCCUCCACUGGUUUGUUCAGAUAUGUCUGGCCAUUCAACAUAUUCAUGAGAAACGAGUUCUGCACAGAGACAUUAAGUCAAAGAACAUUUUUCUUACUCAAAGAAAAACCAUAAAGGUGGGGGACUUUGGAUCGGCACGAGUUCUCUCCAGUCCUAUGGCCUAUGCCUGCACGUAUGUUGGGACUCCUUAUUAUGUUCCUCCUGAGAUCUGGGAAAAUUUACCUUACAAUAAUAAGAGUGAUAUAUGGUCAUUGGGAUGUGUCCUGUAUGAAAUCUGCACCUUGAAACACCCAUUUCAAGCAGGAAGCUGGAAAAAUCUCAUUCUAAAGAUUUGCCAUGGAAGCUACAGUCCGCUUCCUUCUCAAUACUCUUAUGAAUUACGGAGUCUUAUUAAACAGAUAUUUCGCAAAGACCCCCGGCAGCGGCCUUCAGUCAACACUAUUCUCCAGAGGAGAGGCCUACUAAAAAUGGUGAACUUGUGUGCAUCUGCUCAGCCGAAUGACGCGUUGGACCUCCUAAAUGAUGAAUCUAUCUCAGUGGUCCAGCCUACGAAGGACGAGCAGAAAGCUUCUCCUGAUGCCCAACAUUCCAGUUCACCAGUAUCGAGUAGGAGACAAUGGGAGAAAAGAGCCACAGACACAGUGUUAAAUGUUCUAGAAAAUGCCUCCAUCCUCACUUCAAGCAUCCAAGCCAACAAAAGUGUAGGAGGCCAUGUUGUACAGUACAAUCUGAAGAAGAGGAAGGAAUGGAAUAAGGAGGCAUCGGAAACUGUACUUAAUAUCCUGAAUAACCAAGAUCUCUGUUCGGCAUUUAAGACUUACACCAUCUAUAGAUCAAAAGCCCCUGAAGAAUGUCUGAAGGGUCCGCUAUUUAAUAACGUGCAAGCUGCAGAUGCCACAGACAGCAGAGAAGAAGAAAUUGACGUAGAUCCUGAGAGACUGGAGCCACGAUCUGACGAUGAAGACACGGACUUUGAGGAAGAUGAGGUGGAUCCUGACUGGAUCUCAGAACUUCAGAAGAUGACAGGUUCUCAGGAUAGCUGAAGACCAUGAAGGAUUUGCGCUGCAUAUGAUGGAAUGAGCGUGAAGAAUUGUUCCAUGAACCUCACCAGACUAAGGCUGGGUUCCCAUUAUGUUUUCCCCCAUACGGGAGCACAUACGGCAGGGG